CUGCUGGAAAGCUGGUCGGAAUACCACGGAGUAACAAGCAAGGGCAAGGGUCUCAGCCCUCCUGCUUGCAGAGCUUCCAGAAGCCUGGGGGGAGUGGGGGGCAAGGGGAAGGUCAGAAUGGAUGGCUGGGCCCCAUGGACCCUGGUCUUGAUCCAGUAAAGCAGGUCAUAACGUCUUCCUUGAAUGAACCGCCUUGACAAAUACUGUGUUCUUUUACCGACCAAGGAUGUUGUGUGUUUGGUUUUUCAUCUUAUUAAUUUCUGGCAGCAUCACCAGGGGUUAUACUGUUCCCUACAUGUUUUUACGAGACCAGUGGCUCAGAGGGGAGAAUCUAGUUUUCAAAAUGUCUUUCUUCCUUCCUUCCUUCCUUCCUUCCUUCCUUCCUUCCUUCCUUCCUUCCUUCCUUCCUUCCUUCCUUCCUUCCUCUCAUGAACAAGGAACUAUGAUUCAAGUUCCACUCAUUUCUCCAACGCAUGCAAUCUUUUAGUUUUCAUCCUUUGAGUGCAUGUUAUCCAACAAGUUUGUUUAAUGGGGUUCGUAAUAAGGGAAGGCUGUGUCUUUCUAAGUGUCAUUCCAAAAUUUAGAAAAGGAACUUAACAACUUAGCGGUUGAUAAAUCCCAGGAUCUAUUAAGGAGAAAUCAUCUUUCUCUGGCUGGGUUUAUUUAUCACACUAAGCUAACAAAGUCUGAUUAUGACUUAGUUUACAAUAUGAGUCUAUUUACUGUUAUGGUGAUCUUUGGUUUUGUUGCAUGAAUCCAUCAGAUUUUAUUUUGGGUUUAAGCAAACCAAGUUAGCGCAUUGUAAUCCUAGAACUGUCUCCAUUCUAUGUUCUCUCUUGCUUGGCAAGCUUUGGGGAAGGCAGAACUCAUCUGGACUCUUGCCAGCUCUCUCAGUGACACAUGGGAGAUUGGCAAGUAACCCUUUACAGGAGCAAGAGAAUGGACGUAAAGAGGGUGAAUUCCCUGAUUAUGGCUGCAAAAGACCCCUGUAAGAAACAUGCCUGUGAAAUCCAGAAAUGUUUGCAAGCAAACAACUACUUGGAAUCUAGAUGCGAAGCUGUCUUCCAGGAGAUGAGACGGUGUUGUGCCCAGUACCCCAAGGGCAUAUCCCUCUCUUGUUCAGGUUUUAAGGGGGAGGAAAGAGAGAGAGAGAAGCAGGUACCGGAUUCCAACCAAUCUCACCCUCUGCAGUCUUGAGGACGCCCCUUCUCCGGGAGGGCCGAGCAGCCUUACCUGCCGUCUACGUAGCUACCGCGCUAUACCUCAAUUUAUUCUCUUGCAUGGGAGGGCUGCUCCCACAGCGCAAGCCAGCUCCUCUUCCAGACGCCCACGGAAACCCGAAGACGACAAGCCCGCCUGUCGGAAGAGUAGAGCUCCUAGCACUUUUGUUGUCAAAACGAUGUUACUGCUGUAGCCUUAUUGUAAAGUAGAUUUGGAGUAGAACCCCUCGAUUUGUGAAUAGUCCGUGUCAUUUGUUCUGUGGUCCAGAAGAGCAAUAUUCCACUGGAAGGUGAAAUCCAGCCGUUUGGCUGGGCGUCCCAUUUCAGGCCAUCUUUUGUUAUGUGUGUGGUUAGGUAAAGCGGGUCCUUUGUUGAAACGCAAAGACUUUACACGCUCGUGAAGUCGGUCGUUUCUCGCUCUGUUCAAGGGUUGUCCUUUUCCGCUAGACAGGAACAGGUUGGCAACUACUAAAGCCCACAGAGCCAGCUUUUUAGCCCAUUAGUUUACCCGAACGUGCCAGGUUUUCUCAUUGGGAAAAGGUAAGACAAAACCACCUAGUUCUCCGGACUUUGAUUCAGUAGCGGUCAACUCCAAUUGCACAAUGUUGAUUUAUGUAACGCUGUGGUAGAAGCAGCUGAUUUCAGGGAUAGCUACCUUGUGUGCUGUGUUACCCCCCCCCCCUUUCCCUACUUGUAAAGCAAUAGGCACUUUGUGGAAAGCCAGAGUUGCGAGUAUUCUUUUUAAAAUUCAACCUUUUGCUAUGUAUGCAGAUGAAAUCCCAUUUCUGUGAAUGGAAUAGGAAUGUUUAAGGGUAGCACCCUGACUUAGUCCAAUGUUUCCCAAGGGAUUUGGAGCACCCUUUACAACUCUUGCUGUUCUGUAUCUUGUGCCUCCUCCAUGUUGGAAACCAUCGCAAAAUAACUGCAAUGUUGUGUACGCCACAAGCGGGCUUUGGCAAAGCUGGUGGGAUAAGCUGCUGCAAUUCAAUAAAUACACAAUCCAUACAAGGGUACGGUCAUGUUAUCUUAAUACUUAAGGCCCAAGAGAACGAACCUAUUUUGAAUUGCCUUUCUUGGACAGAAUUCUGCGGAUGACAGGAGCAAGUUAAGUUUCUCCUCUUAAGAGUGAAAUCUAGGUCACUGAGAAAUGCAUCGUUACUAGCGGUCCAAAUAAUUGCAGAGAUAACCCCUUAUUUCAAAUCCGAUGAAUGUCACAGGCAGGACAUUCAGUAGCCGAAGUCAAACCACAAAACCCUCAGAAUGUGUAUUUUAUAUCUGCAAUUCUCUUUCAGUAACUUGAAGAAGUUAUCCGAUUUGUUGGAAGUUUGCAGGGAGAGGCUAUGGCUCAGCAGAAUGGUGCCUGGUUUUGUUAUAUACAAGGCUCUGAGCUUAUUCUCUAGCUCUUGCAAGUAAAAUAAAAAGUGCUCUAGAACGGAGUCCUGUUUUCCUAUUGCCAGCCCAGUAUAAACCAGAUAUAGACGUGUGCCCCAACUAGCACAGCCAGAAUCAUGCAAGUUACAGUUCAAGGCCAGACAAUGAUAAUAUGGAGCUGUGAUCUGAGUUGACUGGGAUUUUCCAAGUUCAGGAAAAGAGUUAUUUGCGGGACAGUUAUUUGCGGUACAGCCUGGACUUAAUAAAAAUGAAUGUCUGUAUUGCAAAUUAUAAGAAAAGAGAUCUGUAUAUGAAAUAGGCCCACUGCCUUAUAGGACAUACAAUAGAAUAUUUGGUAUUAAUCAAUCAUAUAAACUAAUUAACAAAGCAUCAGGUUGCCCACUAUUCAGCAACCACCAAUAGCCACACGAGACAAAAUUAUUAUGAGUAAUUACAAUCGUAAUCUUUUUCAACCUUUUCCUUUUAAUUCUUCUAGGCUUAAUUGAAAAAAUACAUGAACCUCACACUUCUAAGAGAUUUUCCAUUUUCCAAGAGAUCUGAGGGCAUACAGAUUGAAUAAAUAGACUCCAAAAAACCAUUUAAUUCUCACUUCAAAACAUUUGAAUAUUGUAUAAAAACCUAGAACCGUAGGUUCCUCUUAAGUCUGACACACAAGGCUGAUAGGAUUCAGUAUUCAAUUUUGCAACUGUGCCCCAGCCAGUUAAAUUAAAUUUGACCCACCUUCUAUAAUGUUUUAACUUCAAUCUCUAAAGGUGCCUUUGGAUUAUAUAGACGGUAACUAAUUGCAAAGCAACUAUGUCUUUGCAUCAUAAGUAAGAGUUGUGCGAUUCUGGAAGAAAGACACAUCUGUUUUAAAAUGUUGUAGACAAGUGAGCCAUUUAUGUUCCUGCAAGGGGAAAAAAAAAUCUUUAAAAAACAUUUAAACAGAAGACUAAAUCCAAAGUGCUAUAUAAAAGAACUGUCAGUUGAAUGUCUUCUACUGAAAUGCUUUUAAAAUAUAUUUUUUUUUCCUGCAUCCAUUCUGUAUCCCCAAAGGGUGACAUUAUUCUCUCAUGUUUCCGAAUAGGUCAGUCGGCUUAUUCAAGCUCCCUCUUGUGUUUAAAGACUUCCUAGCAUGGAAAUUAUUUUAGGCAUCUUCUGGUAGGUAAUAAAAACCUUGAAACUGGA